UAGUGGACGGAACGCUUCUUUCAGCAGCAGCAACAGUUAUUCAGCCACCUCGGUAGCUUGCUAGCCAAAAUAGACGAACCCAUAAAGCUCUUUAGACGAUUUAAUGUAUAUUAGCCACUGUAUUUUAAACCCUUGUCUGUCGUCUAGUUAGUUAGUUAUCCUAUUUCAUUUCAUGUUUACGGUGUUGUUGUUAUUAUUCAGCUGGCGGGCUGGUUAAGUUAGCAUUAGCCUAGCUAGCUAACAUCUCCGACCAUGAGUUCACUAAAUUACUCUCUUCCUGCUGAAGAAGAGACGGUCUGCUGGACGGAGAAAGAAGCUCUCAUCAAAGAGGAGGAGGAAGAGAAGGAUGUUACAAAACAAAAACAAGUAGAGAGUGAGGCUGUUACAGGGAAAGAAGAAGAGAAAGACGUUUCAGUGAAAGAAGAGGAAGACGUUACAGUGAAAGAAGAGGCGUUCAGAGUGAAAGAGGAGGAGGGUGUUACAGUAAAAGAUGAGGAGGAUUCAGUUUUUGAAGUGAAAGAGGAUGGGGAGAUUGCGGUCUCAUCAGAAGAAGAGGAGGAGGAAACUGGAUAUCUGGGCCCGAUUUCCCAAACGCAAUUUAAGGCAUCCAGUGGUUCUAAAGAUGAACUUAGCCAUAAGAUGGUUUUGAGAAACCGGGCCGUGAUUACCACUGGAGAGAUACGGGACUAUCGUGGAUCCUCUGGGGAGCCUCAACAACCUCAUGAUGCUGACGAGGCAGAGAAGAGUCUCUCCAGAUCAGAACGCCUCAAUAAACACCUGCAGAGAUCCACAGGGAAGAGAACUCACUGCUGCUCUGACUGUGGGAAGAGAUUCACCUCAUCAGGCAUUAAAAUGCAUCAGAGAACACACACAGGAGAGAGAUCUUAUAGCUGUGAUCAAUGUGGGAAGAGUUUUACUACAUCUAGCAAUCUGACUAUACACCAGAGAAUACACACAGGAGAGAAACCUUAUAGCUGUGGUCAUUGUGGGAAGAGUUUUACUACAUCUAGCAAUCUGACAUUACACCAGAGAACACACACAGGAGAGAAACCUUAUAGCUGUGAUCAAUGUGGGAAGAGUUUUACUACAUCUAGCAAUCUGACUAUACACCAGAGAAUACACACAGGAGAGAAACCUUAUAGCUGUGAUCAAUGUGGGAAGAGUUUUACUGCAUCUGGCUCUCUGACAUUGCACCAGAGAAUACACACAGGGGAGAAACCUAAUAGCUGUGGUCAAUGUGGGAAGAGUUUUUGUCAAUCUAGUGAUCUGACAGUGCACCAGAGAACACACACACAGGAGAUAAUCCUUAUAGCUGUGAUCAAUGUGGGAAGAGUUUUAGUCAAUCUAGCAAUCUGACAUUACACCAGAGAACACACACAGGAGAGAAACCUUAUAGCUGUGAUCAAUGUGGGAAGAGUUUUACUAGAUCUAGCUAUCUGAC